CCGCCGCUCGACUUGUCCCCGGAGACAAGAGAAGCCGGGACUGAUGAUUGGAAAUUCCACACUUUCCGGGAAAUUUCACCAGAGGGUCAUUUCGGGCAAGGCGGAGUUUCCAAACCUUUUACACCCCACCCCCUCAGGGUUUCGCCUCCCCGCCUCCUCCCUGUGAAUAUAAGCCUGAGCAUUGGCAAAUUCUGGCAAAAGUAGAGCGCGUGUAUCAUCAGCCCGCCGUGGAGAAAGACGGUUCGCCUGCCGCCUCUGACUUCCAGACACCGAGGUCUUCCAUAGAAGAAGAUGCUAAAAUCAAUGCCCUUUUUCUAUAGCAGUCCUCCAAAACCUAAACAGACUGAAAACAAAAAUAUGGCCAAAGCUUCAACAUCUUCUGAAUCAGAUUCUGAUUCAUUGUCAAUUGAAUCAUCCUCUGAAGAAGCCCAUCCAAAAAACCACAUGAGAACUGAGAACCACAAGCAGAUUCCUCCCCUUGAAUAUUUUCCUCAAUCACCUAUAGAACUCACUGGAACAGACCAUGAUAAGGACAAGCAGAAGACAGGACUAAGAAAAAUUGUUCGUUAUUUAUUUGACAGAGGUGGGAAAAGAAAAGAAAACAAACCUCAGGAGGAAAACCGUCAGCCGAUUACAGUUGACCAAAUCAAGAAGCUGAUUAAGAGCCAAAAUUUUUACGAAGCCAGUCAAUAUCUCAUCAUGCAAAAAAAAUCCAACAGCAAUCUGGACAGCAGAAAUGAUGAAGAAACAUUGGGCAAUCAGACUGAAAUUGAGGACUUAUUAGAACUUUUAUAUCAAGAGGUCUUCAACAUCAUACAGUCAUCUAUCAGCAUAGCAUCAACAGAACCAGAAUUGCUGAAUAAUGCAGUGAGAGCAGUUAUUAUGUGGGUGGAGGAGGAGGAGGAGGAGGAGAGAUCUAUUCAUUCCCAACUCAAAACAUGGAAAGAGGAAUGGAGGAACACUAUCCAGAAAUCUGUAGAAGAACGAAUGAAUGCACCUUCUUUGGUUUAUAACAGGGACCUCUCUACCACUGGUAACACUUUCUUGCAUAUGGGUAAGACUAUGAAGAAUGACAUGAUCACAGUGGUGCAGCAUAUUAAAGGCCGUUACCCUGAGCAUUUUCAGGUGUGCAACACUUAUGCAAAGUUCUAUCACCAUUACUUUUCAUCUCAGAUGAAGAUAUUUGCUGAGUUUGAAUUGAACAAAGAUGACAAUUACCUUCUUCUCAGCUGGGCACAAAAUUUAUAUCCAAAGGACAUUAAAAACAACAGUAUUUUAGUUAAAGAGUUGGAUGAAGCUAGUCUUGGAAACUUGUUGCCGUUGGGACGGAUCAAACAGCUCGAACAAACUUACUUGACUCAUGAAGUGGAUUUUGUUAGAUGUUGUCUGGACAAUUGUUUGAAAAUAGAAGUCAAGAGCUGGACGCAAGGGGCAGAACCAGAGAUAUUGGAUGAUUAUUAUCAUAGUGAAUUAUCAAUAGAUGCUAUAAAGGCUAUCUAUGCAGCACAAACGCGUGCCGAGGGCAUCACUCCAGAGGUGGGCCACCAAAUGUCAGCUUUACUUUUGACAGAACUCUUGACUUUUCUGCAAUGCUACAAGAAAGUACUGGAGACAUUCAUUAAAGAAAAUAAACAGAAUAAAUAUUUUGAAGCGAUAAUAAUUGCAAACAUUAACAAUUUCCAGAAUUUCCGGACCCAUACGGAGAAAAGCACAGAUUCAACUGCGAGUGAUGUUAAAAGGAACAUCUUUUCCAUACUUGAUGACCUUCAGACGACUGGGUUUAAUGUAUUCCUUGAUCCCUUGUUUCCAGAGAUACAGACGCUUUUGAAAAAGUUUAAUGAGAAGAAAUGGGAUUCCUGCAGUGGUCUUAUGGAUGAAAUAAUUACAGCCAUGGAUGCCCGUAUCCGUGUGUUCAAGAAGCUUAAAAACCCUCAUCGCCAGGUUAUCAUGGAAAGAAUUCACCUCCAUCUAGUCCAAAAAUACAUUCAAAAGCUUAUGUGCAGAAACACCACACUCAAAUCUCCUGAGAAGCAAAAUCAAUUGUCUGAACUUAUCCAAAGUCAUGCCUCUACUUUGUACACAUUUUGCACAGAGAAUGGGUCUAAUGCCACAUGGCUGGAGUCUGCUAUCCCAAGCUUGGCUGAAAUCAUCAGACUCCAAGAUCCAGAUGCUAUUAAGGUUGAAGUCAGUGCACUUGUCAGUAAAUAUCCUGAUAUCAGAAAGAAACAUCUCUGUGCCAUCUUGAACAUUAAGUCCUUACCCAAAGCCACGGUUAAAAGCAUUAUGAGCGUGCUAGAAAUUCAUGGAGAUGCCACACUGCCAUAAUUAUCACUGUUUUCAGGUGUCAGGGUACCAUUUAAAUAACUGGGAUAGUUUCCAUUUAUGGAAAAAAAUGUAUUUAAUGAAGUCCUACUGCUGGCAUAAUUGUAUAACUCAAUACUCAACCCUGGAAAAAACAGUGAAGUUUAGAUGGAAUGUCACACCCAAUAACAGUUAGUCCUCAGUUUUUGACCAUAAUUGGGACCAGAUUUUCUGUUGCUAAACAAGGCAGUGGUUAAGUGAGUCACAUCGGAGUUUAUGACUUUUUUUGCCACAAUUAUCAAGUAAAUCACUCCAGUUGUUAAUUUGGCUCCCCCCAUUGACUUUGCUUGUGGGAAAUUGUCUAGAAAGGUUGAAACUGACAAUUCAAGUGACCAUGGGAUGCUGCAACCAUUAUAAAUAAAUGCUGUCUGUCAAAUGCCUGAAUUUUGAUCAUGUGACCAUGGGGAUGCAGCAACAGUUGUUUUCAGUGCCAUUGUAGCUUCAAAUAGUCGCUAAACAAAUGGCUGUAAGUUGAGGACUACCUUUAUAUAAAUCAUCUUGCAGGAAGCAUCCAGUACCUUCAUGCUGACUCAUUUUCCCCUAUAAAACUAGGGGCUAUAUCUCCUGCAAGCUACUAUAUACAGGUGGUACAUAUAGGACAUUCAGAGAUUGUUUCAUUUUUCUGCUAUUUGUUAAAGCAUUUGCCUGGAAGAACAUAUGUUUUGCAUGUGAUUUCUGUGGGACAGAUGGAGUUAAGAGAACAAAGACCUUUGUGAAAUUACAGAGGAUACAGAAUGAAAAGAGCACUUUAGGCACAGCCUUCGUUAAGAAACAAAAUCCAGUUAAAGCUCUCUCACAUUAAACAAAUGACCAUAUGGAAAUCAAAUGUAAAUCGAGCUUUGCCUAUUAGCCUAUCGUUAUAAAAAGGCAGUUUUAACUCAGCGUUUUGUUUACAGCUCCUGAGAUAAGAGCUAGUGUGGUGCAGCAUCACAGAACUGACUAGAGCAGAGGUGUCAAACUCAAGGCCUGUGGGCUGGAUUUGGCCCUCAGGGUGCUUAGAUCUGGCCCAGAGGGCUGCUCUGGAAAUAGCGAAGGACCAGCUCAUGGUGCCUUUGUAGUGAAAAUGGGCUCCUGAGCUCCGUUUUCGGCUGGGAUGGCCACCUGCAAUCCUCUGCCAGUGAAAACGAAGUUCGGGAGGGCCGCAUGUGGAGAUUGGGAGCCUGUUUUCGCUGGCAGCGCACUCGAGCCACCACAGGCACCCCCGACAUCAAGCUGGCCACGCCCACCCUGGCCAUGUCCACAAGGGCACACACAACCCUGAUGCAGCCCUCAAUGAAAUCUAGUUUGAGAUCUCUGGACAAGAGGCUGCAUUCAGAAUCUUACUCGGCUAUAUAAAACGCAGUAGGUGAUUUGGAGCUAUUCAUUCUCUCCCUGCUUCACUUACCUCACAAGGUUGUUGUAAUGAAAUAAACAAAUGAACACUGUGCCUCGAAUGGCAGAAAGACAUUACUAAUGGUCCUCGUUUUAUGAUAAUUGAGCCCUAAAUUUAUAUGUUGCUCAGUGAGAAAUUUGUUAAAAGUGCGUUUUGCUCCAUUUUAAACUUUUCUUGCCGCCUUUGUUAAGUGAAUCACUGUAGUUGUUAAAUUAAUAACACAGUCAUUACGUGAAUCUGGUUUCCCCAUUGACUUUGUCAGAAUGUUGCAAAAGGUGAUCACACGACCCCGGGACACGGCAACCAUCAUAAAUGUGAGUCAGUUGUCAAGCAUCCAAAUGUAAAUCAUGUAACCAUGAGGAUGCUGCAAUGGUCAUAAGUGUGAAAAGUGGUCAUAAGUCACUUUUUUCAGUGCUGUUGUAACUAAGCUUGUUGUAACAGUUACUAAGCAAACUGUUGUAAGUCAAAGACUACCUGUUUAUACAUAUUAAUAAUAUCUGUACAUAAUCGUUGUGAAUACAAACCUGUUGCUGUGUAUAGUGUGCUUUAUUUUUAACUAUAACAUUGUUUUUCUAAUUAAGAUAUAUUUCUACGUAUUUUUUCUAUGUAUUUGUUCUUAGUAUUUUUCAAAUAUGCAUUAAAAUGUAAUUAUUAUCAGAUAGCUCGUGUUCGUCCCUUCUCCAGAACAUAGGCAUAUACAACUGUAGUCAAAAGAGCAGGUUUAAAAGCAAGGGGAUAGAUGCUGGUGCUCCAUAAGAAAGAACCUCCAUGGGAAUACAUUUUUAUUAAGUUAUAAAGUAGUAUAAAAUACAAAAACAAAUAAGAGAACAGUGAGGAGAAAGGGAAAGGGGGAAAGAAAAGUGAGGAAAGAUAGGGGAAGAAAGAAAAAGAAACAUUGACUUCCGACUCUCUCUGUUACAGUAGAAUAGGAAUGUCAAACUCAAUUUCAUUGAGGGCCACAUCAGGGUUGUGUUUGACCUCUGGGGGCCAAGGUGGGCAUGGCCAGCUCGACAUCACUUGUGUCAGGAGUGCCUGUGGUGGCCUGAGCGCUCUGACAGCGAAAACAGGCUCCCAAGCUUCUGCAACCCUCUGCCAGUGAAAAUGGAGCUCGGGAGGGCCGCAUGCGGCCUUCCUGAGUUCGAUUUUCACUGGCAGAAGCACUGUGGGCCGGUCUUUCACUGUUUCCAGGGUGGCCCCAUGGGCCAGAUCUGUCCCCCGGGCCUUGAGUUUGACAUCCCUGCAGUAGAAUAAGGCGUUAACAACAGAUCACAACUUUUUGUUUUACCAUAAUAGUAUGAAUCAAUCAUUUCUAUAAAGAUCUAUCAAUCUAAUUUGGGUAAAACCCAAAAUCAAAGUUUCAUUCUAAGAACAUCCAUGUAGCUAUUGUAGAUUCUAUCAGCGGUCUCAUCAUGGAUACUUCAUAUUCUGGAAUUGGGAUGGUAAGAGAAAAAAACUGAAACAAACAGAGUGAGAAGUCUGGGCUCACAAAAAGAACAGGGCUUAGAUUUCCCAAACAAUUUUUAUAUCUUAUAUUAUAUUUUUAUACUAUAGGAAAUAGACUGAGGACUGCAUUUUCUUUCCAAGGACAUAGCAGAUCACAGAAUACGUUUGAAGCAUUUGUGCUCUCCUUUUUACAAGUAAAACACGUUCCUCUGUUUACCAUCACAAACCAUCAAAAUUUUAAGUCAGUAUUUUUCUCAAAACGUUAUCCUAAAUUAAGGUCUUAUGGAUUUUUUAUUACAAUUCACACAGGUCUUAGCAUGCUCUAUUGAUCUCAGUUGGCUUAAUUUUGCCCUUCUUGGGGCAAUAUUAUGAAUUACCAUCAAAGUUUUCUCCAAACAGCAGACAAAAAUAAAAUCAAUGUAUGAAUAUGUUUAUAAUCCAUGCACAAUUUUGUAUUUGCUUGUCAGACUGUUGAAAAUGGAUGAAUAUCAAGGAAGAUUAGAUGCAAUUAUUAAAGGAAAAAAUAAUUGUACUGAACUGUGUUCGAUGUAAUCUCAACAUUCUAGGUGGUCAUCCUUAUUAAUAAUAAAAUAUCUUCAUAGCUAA